CUUAGCUAAAGCCUACCUAUGAUAUGAGACCCUGAGUGCCCUAUGCCUGUCGCCGUGCCUCCUUCCCUUCCCUGGCGUGAACUUGCAACCCCCUACGUUUGUUGCUUUGACUUUAUUUACUGCGGUCCAACUAAUUUUCUCGCAUUCUCCUCGUGUACUUCACUCACAUGAAGAAAGGGUAAACUUUUUAGACUGCUGGUCAGUUACCUACAUACCGAUUUUAAUACGCUUUUCUCUCCCUACCGUACCCGCCGUCGUUUGUUUCCUCCAAGCCUGGCCGAGCCUCUACAACGUCGAUCGACCCUGACCCCCGACUACCGGCUGGAAGACUUUUGGUGGCAGCGGCAGCGGCAACAAGUCCUGUGCCACCAAGGACACCUGCGCUCUGCUCUUUCUCGAGUGGACUAGGGUCUGGCAGCUGGAAAUCACAUCCGCAUCCGCUUUUGUGUCGAUACCCUCAUUCUGGCCUCCUCCAAAGAAAUUCCUCAGGCCACUGUGCUUGUGACGGUCUUGCCCUUGCCCACCAGCCAGCAAGCCAGCAGCCACCAUGCACAGUGUCCAGCGGCAUUUUGGCAAGUACAUGAAAAGGUCGGCCGAUGAACAACAAGUCUCGGUGUUGCUCAAGGACUUUGAAGAGGCCGAUAAGUUGUUGACAAAAAUUAUUGAGGCCUCCAAAGCAUGGCGAGAGUCCUGGACUUCGAUCCUCACCCACCAACAUCGUGUAUUCGACGAGUUCAGCAUCCUGUACGCUCCGAUCGUGGGGGCCAGCGACGAUUACCACGGCCAUGUCGCCGUCCAGACCCCCGAUCACAUUGUCCGCAGGAUCGCGAGGAUUAAGGGCGAGUACGAGGACUUGAAGAGAGAUCUCACCGAGGACCUGGCCCAGGUCGAAGAAAGGCUCAUCAGGCCGGCUCAAAAUGCAAAGGACAGCUUACAGACCAUGAAGAAGACCAUUAAAAAGCGUGAGGAUCGGAAACUCGACUUUGAAAGGUACCAGAACAGAGUCGACUCCCAACAGAAGAAGACAAAACGGUCGGAACGGGACAAUGCAGCCCUCGUCAAGUCCCAGUCCGAGCUGGAGGCGGCCAUCGAAGCAUACCACGCCGCCGAUGACAACUUGAGAGGUUGUCUUCCUCGACUCUUGACAUCGGUGUUCUCGUUGCUUCCCCACUUUUUGGCUGCUCAGAUUCAGAUUCAGAACAACUUGCUAGGACAUUAUUACACGAUGCUGCACACUUACUGUACGGAGGAAGGUUUCCCUUCUCCGGCUCCGCCAAUGGAUGAAGUUAUCCGACUGUGGAACGACGCCUUCAAACCCGUGCAACGGGACGCUGAGUCGUUGGCUAUCUUGGCCAAUGGAAAAGCGGCAAGGACGUCCAUGGAGAAUGGCAACCCUCCGGUCAAUGGCUACCGCCGCCCCAGUGCCUCAGCCUUCAGCGCACACCGCCAGCAGUCUGUCUCUCCAGCCAGGGCUCUUCCACCGUCUCCAUCUUUUGAGCCGAAGACCAAAUUGUCAUCCUCGCCAGCUGCGUCGUCGGUGCUUAGUGCAUCCACUCCCCAGGAAUUCAUUGCCAGCCCGUCGCCCUCCCAGUCUGUCUAUCAGACGCCGAUGGCAUACUCUCCAGCAGGGCCGAACACAGACUAUUUCUCUCGUGAUCGACAGCCCUCUGGGGUAUCGGCCGUCUCUGCAGCGGCGGCGGCGGCAUCCAUUGCACAAAAGAAACGACCCCCGCCUCCGCCACCGCCGAGGUUACCCUCGCAGCAAACCAUCUUUGUAACAGCACUGUACGAUUUUGACGGCCAAAGUGAAGGAGAUCUGGCCUUCCGAGAAGGCGAUCGGAUUCGAGUCAUCAAGAAAACCGAGAGUACGGACGAUUGGUGGCAAGGGGAGCUUAGAGGGAUGAAGGGACCAUUUCCCGCCAAUUACUGCCAAUGAGAUACCAGCCUAAUGGCAACACCUACGGAGAGCUUGAUUAAAAAACUGGUCGAGGGGGCAGGGCUUGGCUUGGAUGUAUUUUGAUGUCUUUCCUUUCUGACGACAUACAAGGGGUGGGAUGGAGGUGAAAAGGCGGGAAAUAAGCCUCUAAUAAUAGCAAGCGACCCAGCAUAGAAGUGAGCAAGCGAGCGCGCAAACCAUGAUUUGAACACAGGCAGCCUGCACGGCAUUGGAGCAUAGUAGAGCGUAUGGAACAGGUUGUCGAGAUUCUACUUUGCAGGCAGACAAGGUCCAAUAUACCCAACAACAAGGAGCAAUGGUUUCAAUCAAGCAAACGAUGAUCCCACGUAGAUCAGCUGGAUGGUCUGAUGCCGUCGGUGUUGAAUGUAUGUAGAGGGAAUCGAGAAGAGUCGGCAGAUGGCGGAAGCAGAGAAUCAUGUCAUGGACAAAAACUAGAUACAGACCGACACGGACUG